UACUUGGGCCCAUCAGUCAGCGAGACACCGCAACGUUGGGUGGUCGGCGCUCGGACAGCCUUCAGCCAAGUCAAAGCAGAGCAGCGCGAGGCACAGACACCGCAGGCCCGGCUCGAGAAUGGUAUGCGAGGAAUGACACAGCAACAACAAUCACUGCAGCAUCCACAACAGCAGCAACAACAACAGCAACAACAACAACAGCAGCAACAGCAACAGCAGCAACAGACGCACCAGAUGACGUCAUCGGUCGUGGCUCCGACAUACGAGAAGCGCUUGUGGACUCCGCCCUCUUCCAUGCCAGGGGGCGGAGCUAUCACGCCCACGCAGUCGACGAUUGGUGCGAGUUUGUGCCCGUCGCCCAAUCACCUUCUGCCGCACCACCAAGCCGCAGCAACUCCGACCCCGGCCCCGCCCAAUUAUUACGAUUCUAUCAAAUACACAAUGUAACCGAUUACGACGAAGCGUUUAGACGAACCUUUAUAUAAUAUAUUAUAUUUUAUAUUUGCAAUGUUUGCAAGUUUGUUAGCAUGUAAACAGAUCAGUGUACAUAAGAUAUUUUGCUUAUUAACCUGUAACUCGUUUGUAUUCUGUUGUCGUUUCUGAGGGGGACUUGCUAUUUCAAGACUAAAUUGUAGUAGUUAAGAUUUUUUAGUACA